AUGGCGCUCUAUUCGGGCUGCAAGGCUGAUAAUCUUCUGCCGCAUGGUUGGGAACACUACCCAUUGAACCUAGCAGAUGACCUCUUGCUGGGAGUGAAUGGCCAACUGUAUAACGAGAAGCUAGCGAAUUGGGCGAAGUUAAUGUGUUCUGCGAGUACGAAUAUUGGAGUCAUGACCUCAAAUAAUGGCUUGAUCCCAACGCAUACGAGAAUCACCGAAGAAACAUCUCUGGUGAAGAUGCUCGCUCAGAAUGGCUGCGAAAUCGCCCGCUCGAAAAUCAUAUCGAUUUCCCAGGAGCAUUCUUUCAAGCCAUUUCCGAUCACCGAAGUCCUCCUUCGAAAGACCCUUUCGUAUCACCAUGUACCGCCUGUAUUUUUGGAUAUCCUGCUAGGACACGCAGCUGAGCCGCUGGUGUUCGAAGAGGGCUACUCAAAUACGUUUUGCCAUGUGUCGAGACAAGGCCCCAAAAAGUUUGAGCUCGCGUAUCAACUGAAGUAUCCCGAAAGACAUGGGCGUUCCCAAGAACUGAAAUGGUCAAUGCGUCAAACAGCGGUCUAUCACCGCGUCUGCGUCACAGAAAAAGACUCUCAGAGCUUUUGCUUGAUUUUCCAUCCAAAAGAAGACUCCACAGCGGAGAAAGCCAUUCUUCACCAAGCUGGAAGUUACGAACGAUGGAAGCUGAUAGAAACAAAUCCUUUACGUCAGAACCUGACUAUCUUAUUAGCCUAUGUAGAUAAUUGGCGGGAUUACCUCACAGAGCUUGGAGAGCUAUACCAACGCCACCAAACGUACAUCUCGGCAGUUGAGUUUGACGACGAUCAUGAUUUCAACAAAACCUUCAACUUCAACGUCAUGGAAAAGCUGAGGCGCUUAGAGGAGAAAGUGCAAUCAGUUCCAGUCAUUUUAACAACAACGAGAAGUUUGAUUGACUCUCUCGUCAAAUUAAACGUGGUAUUCGCCGUGGAAGAGCUGUACGAUCGAGCGGAGCGCGAUGGCAUCGCCAUGGCCCUGGAUCAUAUUGGAGUUCGCGUUCGUGGAUACCAAAGCUCUACACAGUCCAUUAGGGUCCGUUUGAAAGGCCUGAUAAAGCUCGUUGCCGAUACAUUGAGUUUGCGGAACCAGUCGUCAGCCGCUGCAAGCCAGAAGAUCGCCGUGAACCAUCAAAGAAUCGCAACGGACAUUAGCGAUCGUGUCUUGAUCCUCACACAAGAUUCCGUAGAUGACAAUUCGGUGAUUCGGCUGGUAACUCUGGUGACUAUGUUCUACCUGCCAAGUAGUUUUGUUGCGUCACUCUUCGGAAUGAACCUCUUCGAUUUCGACUCUCAAACUUCUAAUAUCCGAAUUGCUACCGAUUUUUGGAUAUAUCUGGUAGUGACGAUCCCGUUGACCGCGCUGACAGCAGCAGGUUGGUGGCUAGCAGCUGAUCGGCAGAAAACUAAGAGACUGUCCCGAAAGGCUUGUUCGAAGGUGUGA